CUUCAACAUUUGCAUGUAACAGUAGGGGUCACACUUUCCUUGUUGUCUGCUGAAUUCUGAUGGCGUCCGACUCCGACUCCGACUCCGAUUCCUCUCAACUAGCAGUUGCGGCGUCGGUAUCGCAUGGCAUUGCUAUUCUCUGCACUGUCUUCAGGCUUGUUUACAGAGGUUGGAUGCGUCAAUUGUGGUGGGAGGAUGCAUGGGCGGCAUUUGCACUGUUCUCAGACGUUUUUUGCAUGGUAUGGAUCUGGACCCAUUACUUGAUACAAUUCCCUGCCGGGGUCUUCGGAGUGGCUUUUACCUCCGUCAUGUGGGCUGCGCGCAUGAGCAUAAUUUUCUCCAUCAUCCGAGUCGCCAAUCGCUCAGGUUACAAGAUCCACAAACGGAUCACCUAUCUCAUCGCAGCCUCUUUUGUGUGCAUGUGGGUCGCGGUGGCCGCGCAGAAGAUCACCACCUGCAUCUACAAAUGCCAGACGACCCACGCGGUGGCAGUCUCGCAACUGAUCACGGACGUCGUGGCGGAUGUUUCCCUCAUUGCUGCGCCGCUGCAUUUCUGGAAAAAUGUAGGACUCUCGCGUCAUGGAAAAAUAUUGAUACUCUCCGUAUUUGGCUCAUCACUUCUAAUCACAAUUGUCACAAUCCCCCACUGUAUAAUGCUCUUCCAGUCCGCCACACAAACUACGCUCAUCUUCGCCCAUGUCAAGACUGCGCUCAGUCUCGUGAUCUGCAACGUCCUGGUGAUCGUCACCUUCGCAUACCGCGUCUGCUGGAAGGAAACACUUGAUCCCGACAAGUCGUUAACAUCAACCGGAAUCUUCUCGAGUGUCGUCGUAGCACAAUUCCCGUUCAACACGAUUUCCAGGGCGUCACCCUCUAUAAAUGAGGAGACAGCUACGGCGCAGACUGUGCAGGGGAUGAAAAAUGCAAGCGCGUUUUGUGCCGAAGAAGGCACCAGCACUGAGAGAUAGAAGGGGAGGAUGGCGGGCAGUGAUCGAUCGCUAGGGAUUUUUCCAAAUAUGAUGUUAGCGCGCUUUUUGCCUUACGAUAUGCUUUAUAUGCUGUACGCUUUCAAGCUAGUGAAAUUUCAGUGUCAGUGGCUCAUCUUUCAAUUUU